AUGCUUAGAUAUACUGCUGGAAGAUCAUUACCAACAUUAAUUAGAUCAUCUUAUCCUACAUUACGUUCAUCAUCCCGAGUUUUGGUUCAACCAAUUAGAUCAUAUCUCACCUGGUAUACACCCCCAUCAAGAUUAUUCCCAUUAUUACCUCGUGAAUUUGAUUAUGAUUGGAAUAUGAAGGAUGAUUAUUUCACCACUAAGGAAGAAAAGGAUAAAUAUCUUGUUACAAUUAAAGAUAAGAAUCUUAAUGAUAAACAAGUUAAAAUUGAUUUUAAUAAAUCAGAAAAUUCAUUAUUAAUUUCAAUUAACCAAAAUUUAAAUACAAAAGAUGAAUCAAAAGGUAGUGAAUCAACUUUCCAAAGUAAAUUUAAUAGUAAAUAUGUAUUUGAUAAAUCAGUUAAAGUUGAUGAAAUCGUGGCUGAACAUGUCAAUGAUAAUGUUAUUAUUACUAUCCCUAAAGUAGAACCUACUCCAGAAGAAGUUGAAAAGGAUGAUAUUGUUAAUAUUUCUCUUAAUAAGAAGGGACCUACUGAACCAUCUGAAUAG